AUGCAAUACUUCUCCUUUAUUUUUUUACUGUUUCUAUAUACUCGUAUCCAGGGCAGUUACAAAAAACUACUGAGAUAUUAAUAAUUGUGACGGAAAACUUGUGCAACCCUUAGGACAAGUUAUGUUCUGAGGACAUAUACACUUUUAAUUAUAGUUAAAAAUGAGUAGGUCUAUACUAACAGCACAGAUGAAUCAGUAAGUUUGUAAUGGUUCUACUAAAUGUGUGGUUUAGAUUUGAAAAAAAAAGUUUAGAUGAUUACAUGGGCUUUCACUUCCUUUCUGUGGUUCAGAAAGAGAAGCACAGCAGUACUGAACAGAUCUUUCAUCCAACUCAUAAAGAAUGGAGGCCUUGAAGAUCAUAACCAUCAUCCAAACUAUUGCUUUUAUACAAGGAUAUGACAGUAUCAUCUCCACUGAGCCUCCGAAGUUCAGGGUUAAUGUGAAAUCUGUGCCACAAAAAGAUCAACGUUUUGGGCCGUGCUCCUGGACCCUCAGCACCUCUUCAGUUAUAGCCGAGGAGGAUAUUUACAGUCUCUCCUCUCAGAUCUGUCUGUCUCUGGGAUGCGGCGAUGUGUAUAAAUUAAGGGCGCGUGAUGCAGAAUUCAACAGUACCUGUCUCACAGGCUGCCUUUACCAUAACUCUGAGCUAAGCAACUGCAGUCAGACUGUGGGAAACCACUGCAAGAUGCUCUCUGAGGUUAUAUGCGGUUUUCCCUACGUGGCUCCAACAUCUAGCCAAUGUUCCUGGACUAUUAAAUCUCCAGACCUGAAAUCUUCUGUGUCUCUGUCUGAAGACACCGUCCACAGUGUGUCCCGUGAGAUAUGCCAUGCGCUUGGCUGUGGACAGGUCUACAAUGUCAGUCAGAGCAGUGCGGGAUUAAGCACGACCUGUUUCACGAACUGUUUUUAUCACGACUAUCAGUUGAAGAACUGUAGUGAGGUUAUUAACUCCAGUUGCUCAGUCCUUUCUGAAGUUAAAUGUGGUAAUGCUCCUGUUCGCUUGGUAGGGGGCGGUCAUCGCUGCGGGGGGCGUGUGGAGGUGUGGAGGGAGUCCUGGGGCACAGUGUGUGAUGAUGGAUGGGGGCUGGAGGAUGCGCAUGUGGUGUGUGCACAGUUAGGCUGUGGAUACGCUCUGUCUGUCAGUGGGCAUGGUGAGCCGUACGGCAAAGGCACAGGCCCCAUUCACAUGGAUGAGCUCAACUGCACUGGAAAAGAGAGGACAUUAUGGGACUGUCCAGCAAUUAUGAAUGGACAUGACUGUGGACAUAAGGAGGACGCAGGUGUGGUUUGCUCAGAAUACAAGGCUUUGCGACUGACAGGUGGUCUGGACCGAUGCUCUGGGAGAGUGGAGGUGCAUCGAAAUGGUAGCUGGGGGACAGUGUGUGACACAUCCUGGCACAAGGAAGAAGCUAAAAUGGCCUGUGAUAUGCUGAAUUGUGGAACGGCCAAAAAUUUCACUGCCUUUGACCCGCCCUUCAAUCAUAGCAACGGAUCACUCUGGUAUUUUUACUGUUGGCCAGAUACUGCAGACCUGUGGCAGUGUCAGGAGUACAUUAAUCUUCUGCAUUUGUGCACAGAUGCAAAAGCAGCUGGGCUGAUUUGCAAUAAUUCUCUUGGUCUGCCUGUUCCCACCAGUCCACAACCAUCCUCAGCACCAUCAACCACAGGGAAUACAACAAUGGACAAACCACCUGGAUUCCUCCUGACUUCAGAGCAACUGGGGUGUUUUGUUCUUGGUUUCUUACUGUUGAUUGCAGUUAUCACAAAUAUCCUCUGGUGUCAUCAUAAUAAAAAGAGGAAAGCUGCCGUGGCCCAGAAGAGAUACAUGAACCUGCAGACCCCAGCUGAAGCAGAGGAAAACAACUACAGAGAUUCUGUCCAUCUCGUCAAAGUCACAAACAACAGCACUGAUGCUGAGGUUCCCGUAUCUCCUCUGCGUAUCUGGGCUCAGAGUAGCAUUGAGAGUGAAUCGUGUGACACUGACUAUGAGCAACACGACAUCAGUCCAGAAACGGCUUUUCCUUUAUCCACUUUUCAAAACUCAAUGCGAUACAGUGCAGAUGGUAAAAGGCCUGCGGUGAAGGGCACAAACCUGAACAGUGUGAUGGAGGAAGCUGUCCCAGCAGAGGUCACAGUGGGAGGAUACCAACGAAUCUGUGACGCUUCCUCUGGUCACAAUGCACAGCAGUUGCGUGAGUCAGCUAUAAGUGUGGACUCGUUUGAGUCAUCCUGCACCUCAUCAGGAGAAUGCUAUGAAAACACAGGUACACACGCACAAGACCUGUGCUCACAGGAGUCUGCUGAAUGUUAUGAAAAUACAGGAGAAAACAGAGACAAUCUACAAAGCGCAGAUAAUGCAGAUUUCCUGGAGCAGGAAUCCGGAAGGUCAGUCCUGGGUCACACCACAGAUCCUCCCUUCAGUUACCAAGAACUAGAUAAAGGGGGUGGCAACAGAGAGGACUCCCCGGUGUACUCACCCGUCAGCUAUGAUAAUGAGGCAAUCUCUUCAGAAAGUGACUAUGAUGACAUUGGCAAUUAUUUACAACAACCUGCUCACUAACAUUAGCUGGAGAUUGUGAUGUGGCAACAUUUACAAUGAGAAACAUUCUGACUGACUGUACUAUUAGUACAGAAAUCAUACCUGAGAACCAUUUUAUAUCAUUCUUCUUUUAGACCAGUAUUUUCAAUGUCAUUUCUUUAUUCAUUCAUGUCUGCUUCUACAUAGUACAAUUAAACUUUUAUCAUAAAUGUUCAAGAUAAUCACAUUAAGUGCAUACAAGUGUAAAAAGAAGUAUAAAUAUUUACAUAUGCAAUGCUUUUCUCAGAAUUUCUAAAUGCUUACAAGACUAAUGACUGCACUGUAAUCACCAUAGACACUGAGGGGGACAAGAACCCCUAAAGAAAGAGAUAUGACCAUGAAUCACAGGAGCUCAUUAUCUGAGGCUAAAACCAACAUCUGCAAUUGAGCAAAUUAAAUGUGUUUUGGUUACGACUGCAUCCAUCUCUAAUAAAA